AUGGCUAAAAUGGACUUCUGAUCUUGUCAAGCUGGCAGUCUUUAAAGUAGACCGCUGCAUUAAGCCAAUACACUUUGGGAAACCAGUUCAUGCCCAACUACAUCAUUUUUCAGAUGCAAGUGACUAUGGCUAUGGUACAGUUAGCUACCUUCGGUUAACUAACAAAAGAGGAGAGGUCUCUCUGGCCUUUAUGAUGGGAAGAGCCAGAGUUGCGCCGCUGAAAAAUAUCACUAUCCCAAGAAUGGAAUUGACAGCUGCUAUGUUGUCAGUCAAAGUGGACAAAAUGCUCAGAGCAGAAUUGCAGUUGCUACUGGAAAAUUCUGUUUUUUGGACUGAUAGUCAAGCAGUAAUCAAGUACAUUGCAAACGAGCAUACCCGAUUCCAUACUUUCAUUGCAAAUCGAGUGUCAACAAUCAGAGAUAACACAAAGGUAUCACAAUGGAAGUAUGUGGAGACAAAGUUAAAUCCAGCCGACGAUGCAUCUAGAGGACUUAGUGCUGGAAGACUUGUGGAUGGAAAAAGAUGGAUACAGGGACCAACUUUCUUGUUGAGGCCAAUGAGUGAAUGGCCAAGUGCAACCCUGAAAUCCCAUGCACUUAAUCCAGAUGAUCCUGAAGUCAAAGUAAGGUUGGUUGUGCAUAAUAUUGUUUUGAAGGAAACGGAAAACCCUACCAACCAACUGCUCUCUUAUUUCUCCUGUUGGCUGAAGUUAAGAAAGGCUGUGGCAUGGAUAUUAAAGUUAAAAGGUGUCUUGCAAUCUCUAGUAAAACAGAGAAAAGAAAAGGAAUCCUGUGUCAAUCGCCCAUACACACGAUCACAAAGUAAAGUGACUCACUCACAGCAGAUGGGAAGGAAGGCUAUAAGUGAACAACACAUAAAUAUCGAUGAUCUUGAAACGGCAGAAAAAUGUAUCAUCUGUUUCUGCCAAAGACAAAUAUUUCCAGAAGAGAUGACCAGAUUGGAAAUGGCGCCAUCUGGGGUCAAAAGGUCAAGUCCCCUUUACAAGUUGGACCAAGUAAUGGAGGAUGGGAUUUUGAGAGUGGGAGGUAGACUUGACAGAUCAGCUAUGCCUCAACAAAGCAAACAUCCUAUUAUUCUGUCAAAGAACAUGCAUAUUUCCUCUCUUAUCCUUCGCCAAAUCCAUGAAAAUGUUGGUCAUAAUGGAAGGAACCAUGUUCUCUCGCAGCUGCGCCAGAAAUACUGGAUUACAGGUGCAAAUGCCGCUGUAAGAAAGAUCAUCUCAAAAUGUGUUGAAUGCAGGCGCGUAAGAGGAAGACCAGGAGAACAGAAAAUGGCAGGUUUACCUGUUGAAAGACUAAUACCAGAUAACCCUCCAUUUACAAACGUUGGACUUGAUUAUUUUGGGCCCAUCGAGGUAAAGAAAGCAAGGAGCCUCGUGAAAAGAUACAGUGUCAUAUUCACCUGCAUGUCAAGCAGAGCAGUGCAUUUGGAGGUCGCUCACUCACUUGAUACAGACUCCUGUAUAAAUGCAAUAAGGAGAUUUAUCUACAGAAGAGGACAAGUGGAACAUCUAAGAUCAGAUAAUGGAACCAAUCUGGUUGGAGCGGAGAGAGAGUUAAAGAAAGCUCUUUUAACACUGAAUCAACACCAAGUCCAAGAUUCCCUGCUACAACAUGGAGUGAAGUGGAGUUUCAACCCCCCUGCUGCCUCUCAUCACGGUGGAGUGUGGGAGCGACUUAUCAGAAUGGACUCUUUCAAAAAUCAGACCUCUAUGCUCGACGUCGCUGGAAGCAGAUCCAGUACAUAGCAGAACUGUUUUGGAAGCGCUGGACGAAAGAGUACCUGCCCUUACUGCAGGAGAGACAAAAGUGGUGUGCAGUAAGAAGGAACUUUCAAGUUGGAGAUGUGGUGAUGAUAGUGGAUUCAACAGCACCCCGUGGCUCUUGGUUGCUUGCCAGGAUAAAGGAAACCAUUGCUGACUCAAAGGGUCUCGUUCGCUCUGUCAAACUACAGACGAGGACAAGUGUUCUUGAGCGGCCUAUAACCAAGAUCUGCCUGCUGUUGGAGACAGAAGAUUGAAAUGAACUUGAAAUAAUUUAUUAUUUUUGAUGUAUUUCGGCACAUAUAGUAGCUCCUUCUUAUUUAGAUUGAUAUAAUUGUAAUUGUUACACACCUAUACAAUUAGGGGCCGGUGUGUAGGAGCCAUAUUCAGUUUAGUAUUAUUUGUGUGCAAUGGUUGUUUUUGGUGACCUCUACAGGUCUUGAGUGCCUGUGUGCAUAUAAUAGGAGAUCGACAGAGUGCCAGGUGUGGCUGAUUACACAGCAAAAGUUUUUCUACAAUGGCUUGGCCCACAUCCUGCUCUGUUUGUUUUAAGUAUUCUCAGUCAGUUUUCUUUGAUUUUUGUACAAAAUAAACCACAAGACCUUUUUUGCAAACCCAACAAACUUCUGGACAUUAUCGUUUUUGGACUCAAGCAUUGUUAGAAUCUAGUCUGCAGUCAGUCACCAGUGAUGUUAAUUGGAACAAGGAAAAUCUGUGAAACGUCACUACA